GUUGGAAGCCUGAAUUCACUCUCUGAGCCCAGGAGACUAAGAAGUGAAGACAUAAGGAUAUAUCAAUACUUUUCAGCCAAGGCCGGCCGAGACACACCUGUCAUCGAACGAGUUGGGUUUAUUACUCACCACGUGAUCCUACUAUGGCUGAAUCCCUUAGUGAGGUUUCUGGAAGUCUGGAAGUUCUGGAGGCCAACGAUGAGGUAAAGAAGAAAUCCAAAUUCAAAGCCUUCAAGAACUUUUUUGGCAAGAAGAAGAAGAAAGAGCCGGAAGGUGCCCAGGGAGGGAGGAGGCUAAAGCCAAGCUUGUCCAGCGGCAGUAUUAACAUCUCUUCUCUGAAGCCGGUUCGGGAAGGUCAGCGCGCCAAGACCAGGGCCAAGAGCAGCAUGGGCAGCAAAGCUCUGUCCCAUGACAGCAUCUUCAUGUUGGAUCCUGAGCCUGAAAUAUCAGUGCAUAGAAUCUGCCCCUCUCCAGAGCGCCAGAGAGGCAGACCUCGACAGAGAUCUCAAGCUUCCAGAACUCUGCCUAGAUCUGGGACUAGUGAUGUGCAUGGAGGUGUUUCUGGACUUAUGUUUGGAGCUGUGCCACGAUAUGUGCCCCGAAGUGGAAUCUGGAUUGGGGGCUCCAAGGUCGCUGAGCUCCCCUCACUGCACCGACGCCACUCAAGCAGCAGUCCCCCUCUGAUCCGAUCUCACACAACCUCUGCUGACUUUGAAGAAACCUCUGUUGAUGAGGAGUCACCUAAGAUCCCACAGAGGAAAGAUUUACCAAUCAAGAUUAUGUCAAUGAGGAAGAGCUCCUUUGAGCCCUCACCAGGACCCACCCGCUCACAGUGCAUGAGCGCGUAUGCCAUGAUUGCCUCUCCCAGCCGCACUCACCUGCCCAUGAGUCUCAGCAGCUCAGCCAGCACCUGCUUGGACUCCUCAGCAGCUCGACACAAGAUGGCCUUAAACCCCCGGAAACAAAAGAAGAGAAAGAAUCCUCAAGCCACUGGGAAAGCAAAGCAAGAGGAGCCCAUCCUUCUAGUGGCUUCUGGAGAAGAGAAGAGUACAACCAAGCCAAGAGAAGCGGACAAAUGGAAACCGAGAAGAGACGGUGCAGGUGUCUCAAGCCUGAAACGCAGCAAGAGAACCGAAAUGCAGGAUAAGAAGCCAGUGGACAAGGCUGCACGGGCCGGUGUGGCCUGGGGUGAAAGCUGGGAGUCAGCGGCACAAGGGAGACUUCGCAGCAAACAAGGAUCGAGUGCUUCAGGAUCCACUGAGUGUGUGCCCCGAGGAAGAAGGUUUAAACCAUCCAGUCGAGGGCUUGUCCCCAGUGAGAGGGCUGGGUCCCCACCCGCCAAGAAGAAUGCCAGGGACUGCCGUCUCCGGAACCUGUCUCUGGAGCGACAAGUCAUGGAGCAGCCCGCGACUCAGCAGGCCCAACGUACUCCUCCCCAGGAGCCGCUUCCAGAUGGAGAUGGCAAGAGAAAGAAAAAGGCUGGCGUCGAUUUGAACGCCAGAAAAGCCCCAGUGUCCCAGUCUGUACCCGAAGCUCAGGCAGAGUCUGUGGUUUGGGGUCCAUCGCCAGGCCGGGAGGACGGGGCCUCCAGAGCCGAGCGGCCAGAAGCCAGAGCUCUUUCAUCGGGGAUGGAAAGCCUUUCUACAACCCCUGAGGAUGUCAUCUCGGUGGCUAUGGAGGCGCAAGUGUUUAUGGACCCCUCCCACCUCCAGUCAGAAGGGGAGGAGGCUUUCAGCUUUGAUCUGCAAGCUAUCAAGUUGAAGAUGGAGUCGGUUCAAGAUAUUCCAGCCGUCUGCAGAGAAAGGUCACCCGCAAACAUUCUCCAGGCCUUCACAGCAAGCAUUUCAGGCCCGGCCAGCCCUCGGGCCGAGGGAGGCAUUUCUGCCGAGAGGCUGACUCCCAGAAGCCUUUCCUGGGUCUUGAGAAAGCCCAGAGCCGGAGACAGGUCCUCGGAUCCCGAAAGCCCGUCAGAGGAGGAGAGCGGGUCCAAGCAGCAGCUGCUCCCCCGGCAUUCUCUCCAGUCCUCGGGGAAGUCUCACGACGACCAAGACGUCUUCACAGGAUCCGAGAGUUCGGCUAUGGAGCUGAGCAGCCCCGAGCGGCAGCUGGCCGCCAGAUACUUGGCAGGGGCCUUCGGGAACGCCGAAGCCGAGGAAGCAUCCUCGGAAACAGAGAGCGCGUUGGAGGAGGAGGAGAGCCGGUCCGAGCCGCAGCGAGCUCCCAGCCACCCCUUCCAGCCCUUGGAGGAGCCUGACGAUGACCAAGAAGCCUCAGACUCAGAAAGUUCCAGCAACUCGAGCAGUUCUGAUGAGCUGCUGACUCCCACCUCGGCUGCCCAGGCCUUGGGGGAGCCUGAAGACCAAAUGUCCACAGAAUCCGAUGGCUACGUGGAGAAGUACGAUAGCGCUGAAGAGUGGAGCAGCGCAGAAGAAGAUGGGCCUCCUGGACCCCCUUCCCAGGCCUCGGCGAAGCCUGCAGACCAGCAACAGGUGGCCUCAGUUUCCCAGAUCCUCCCGGCGGAGUGGGGUGUGUCCGUGGAGCGGCUGGCUCUGUCCUUCUCGGAGCCGAUCCUUCCGCAGCAAAUGUCCAAGGGUUCGGCGAGGCCUCCCGCCCCCAGCAGCAGCCCUGUGGAGCCCGCGCCCCCCCGGCAGCCGGUCCAGCCCUGGCCGAGCCCUCAGGCAGAGCCACAGACCUCCGCGGGCCCCGACAGCGCGGCCUCACAGUGGGACAUUCCUCCGGAGCCGCUGCCUCCCAGAAUCUCUUCCAAGCGCCUCGGGAAGUCUUGGGUGGAGCAACCAGUCUCCAAAAGUCCAGAAAUUUCUACCGCUGUCGGGCUUUCUUCCGCGGAGCUGCCGCCGCUGCCUCCGAGGCCGCAUUCCCACCCGCUGCAGGAACCCAUCACGGAGCAAGCGAUCCAGGAGCCUGUGCGGGUCCCGGCUGUCGAGGGGAGCAUUUGCGUGGAGCUGCCACCUCCCCGACGUCCCUGCCAGACGGUCCUGAAGCCAGUCGUGGAGCACCAGGUGUGCCUGGGAGCAGAAAGUGCUGGGGUCGAUCAGAAUGCCUCAGUGCAGCCGCCGCCGCUCCCCAGACACGACUCUCAGUCCCCGACGCGACCUCUGGUCCCACAACAGGCCCCCGACGGUCCAGAAAUGCCGGCAGCUCCUGCGGAGCCUUGGCCUCCGCAAGGCCUUGCCCAGGCCUCCGUGAACCCCAUAGCGGAGCCCAGUGUGUUCUCGGGUCUGGAGGCCACUGCCACCGCCGCCGAGAAGGUCAUUUCGAUGGAGCCGCUGCUCCCCACAUACUCUGCUCAGGCCUUGACCAAUGCGAGAGGCGCGCAAGCGUCAGAAGCUGAUAGCACCGGCACUGAGGGCGCAUCCGCGGAGCUGCCACCCAGAGACCCCUCGCAGCCCGCUGUGUGGCCCAAAGUCCCGCCACAGCCCGCCCCACCAGAGCCGGUGGGCGCCUCCGCCCCGGAUGCUGCCCUGGUGCCAGGCCCGGCAUCUCCCAGAACCGUCUACCGGUCCUGGUUGAGCUCCUCAUUCGAGCAGCAGGACUCCGAGCGCGAAGAGAGCGCUGCUCUGGAGUGGGGCAUUUCUCUGGAGCCACGAGCUCCCCUGCCUCCACUGCCUCCCAGAAAGACUUCUCAGAACCCCAGGAGACGGGCAGUGAAGCGAACCGACUCCCAGCAAUCAGCGAGCGCCCCCCCGGAACGGAGCAGUCCUCCAGAACAACGGAGCACGCCUCCAGAACAACGCAGUCCUCCUCCAGAACAGAGCGCGCCUCCAGAACAACGCAGUCCUCCUCCAGAACAUCAGAGCGCGCCUCCAGAACAGAGCGCGCCUCCAGAACAACGCAGUCCUCCUCCAGAACAACAGAGCGCGCCUCCAGAACAACGCAGUCCUCCUCCAGAACAACAGAGCGUGCUUCCCGAACAACAGGGCGGGCCUCCAGGGCAGCGGAGCCCGCCUCCAGAACUAAGCAGUGCUCCUGCAGAACAACGCAAUGCUCCUCCGGAACAAAGGAGAGUGCCUCCGGAACGACGCAGUGCCCCUGCCGAGCCAAAGCUUCCCAGAUGCUCUGUCAGGUCCCGGGGCAGCACAAAAGUCAAGCAACCUGUCUCAGAGGCUCUAGAGGGCACGGAGGCCCUGAGGAGAAUUGCUAUGGAGCAGCCCUCUCUCAGAAGGUCUUCUAAGACCAAAGCAGCGGUCAAGCAAGCAGCCUUCCUGGCUCCAGAUGGCUCCAUGGCCCAGAAGAGCGUUUCUACAGAGCAGCCCCCUCCCAGAAUGGCUUCGCAGGCCCUGACCAAAGCAGUGGUCAAGCAAGCAGCCUUCCUGGUUCCAGACUGCUCCCUGACCCAGAGGAGCGUUUCCAUAGAUCAGCUCUCUUCCAGAAUGGCUUCUCAGGCCCCGACCAAAGCAGUGGUCAAACAACCAGCCUUCCUGGUUCCAGAGGGCUCCCUGACCCAGAGGAGCGUUUCCACAGAUAAGCUCUCUUCCAGAAUGGCUUCUCAGGCCCCGACCAAAGCAGUGGUCAGGCAACAAGUCUCCGCGGCUCCAGAAAAGUUUGCCACCGAGAGGGUUGCUUCUACAGAGCCUUGGCCUUCCAAGAAGACUUCCCAGUCCCCUGGGAGAUACAGAGUCCAGCAAAUAUCAUACAAUUUUGAGAGUGUUUCCACGCAGACAGCCAUGUAUGCGAAGCCAGUGGCUUCCAAAUAUCCUACCCAGUUCUCAUCAAGGUCUAAGGUUCAGGAGAUGUCCUCACGUAUAGAGAAUACCGUUGCUGAAAGAUCUGCUAAGAAACCACCAGUGUCCAGGCAUCCUUCCCAGUCAUUUGUGAAGUUUAUGGCAGAAAAAGUGUUUUCGGAGAGUGCUGCUAAUUCUCUAUCUACAAAUCAACUUUCCAAAUCUCUGUUGGUCCAGUACCCAGUUUUCUUGGGCCCAGAGAAUGCCAGUACCGAAGGAGCCGUCUCUUCCAAGCUGCUGCCCCUGGCACACCCCUUACAGCCCUUGGGGAGGCCGGAAGGCCCCAGGGAAGUUCUCCCACGUUCAGAAAGUGCCCCCACCAAGCUGAAGCAGAGCAGUUCCAAGGAGCAGGUGCCCCCCAGACACCUUUCAUUGGCACCGGCCAAGCUCGAGUACCAGCAAGUCUCCUCAGCCUCUCAGAGCUCUCCGGAAAUAUGGAAGAGUUCUGAAGAGCCACUGCCUUCCAGAAGCCCUCACCAAGCCAAGGAGGGGGCUGAAUUACAGCCACGGCUUUUCUUGGCAGGUUCAGCGAGUGUCCCUGGAGAUUGGAACAGGUCUGAGGAGCACCAGCCUCGCCAUCGCAGAUACCCUUGCCAGGUGUUGACAGAGCCCGAGUACCUGCCACAGGUCCAUCCGAGUUCUGUGAGUGCUGCCGCUGCAGGCGCCACCUCUGAGAGCCAUCCUGGAAGCUGGUCCCUCUCAGGAGGCCCAGCUUCUCCAAACAAGACCAGGAAAUUUCGACAAGUCUCUGAAGACCUCCUUAAGAAUACCCUGCUUCCAGAUCCAAAACCCAUGAAGUUCACUAUGGCUUCUACCAGGCAGGCCUCCACUGUGGGGGGCACUUACUCCAAGGGAGAAGGUCUCAAGAGCAGUGAUCGAAAUAACAGCCAUCCAGAUGAAUCCACCGGUGAGACUGGUGUUGAAACCAUUUUUGGAGUUCGCCUGAGAAAAGUCCCUUCCUUGAAGAAGUACAAGAGUGAGAAACAAGAUGAUCUUUUAAAGUUUUCUUCACUCUCCUUGGGCCUGAUUUCAUCUUCCACAGAACAGCAAAUCAAAAGAAGCUUUUCCCAGGGGCUCCAGGGCACUGCAGAGAACCCCGGCACAGCAUCUGACCUUGCAGAGAAGCAACAGACCAGGCCCCAAUCUGAAAGCAUGUCCAAGAAGCAACCCAUUUACAAGGUCCCAGGGAAGGCUCUUGGCCAACACUCAGAUUGUACAGCCUCAGAGCCAGCUUGGAUAACUAUGGUAAAGCAGAAGCAGAAGAGUUCCCAGGUCCAAAUUCCCAACAAAGAGACAAAAACCAAGAACAAAGCUGGAGCCAAGCCCGAGGCCAAAGAGCCUAGACAUGGGGGAGAACUUGCGGCAACCCACAGAACACUCCAGAAGGGAGCUGGCCUUGCAACUGAAAACCAAUCCAGAAAGACUUUUGCUUCUGAUGUCAAUAAACUGGAGAAGCCGGCAGAGAAGAAGCUACCUAAGUUUACCAAAGCAGGAUUCAAAGAUCAGAAGAUGGCUCAAAUGCCUGCCAUGGCCAAAGAAACCAGGCAUUCUUCCACUCUCCCAGCUGCGGUCCAGGCGCCAGCAGAGCCGGAAGAGCCAGUCUGGUUCUCCCUGGCCAAGGAGAAAGCCAAAGCUUGGACCCAUAUAUCGGAAAUCAUGCAGUAAACAGCUCCCGGUGGGAGGAAUUGUUGCCAAUAGUCACAUUAACGCUAUGUAGUGAUUUAUUUCCUAUAACCACUUUCUAUUAAGCAAAAGCACCUUAAAAGCCCAAUUAAAGCCAGGAAGUAUUUUAACAUAAGAAAUGCUGUGAAAGCCUAACCCUCACUCAGUACAGUCACUGCCAACAUCUGAAAACCCAGCCUUUCCUCUACAAAAGCAAUGCGACAUGUUUCACUCUGGACCGCGAGCUUUAGAAGAGAGGAAGCAAAAAACAUUUUGUGAGAACGACUGAGAGGUGGUGGUCAUUUCCCUUGAUCAAAUAAAUUCCCUUGGAUGGAAAUGGCCAGAUGAUCUGGCCCAAGGACUGGCCUUCAGGUUUCAGGAACCUGGCUAAAUGCUUCAGUUCUUUGGUUGCUGCUCCAAGCUUCACAAACGCCCUGAGAAGAGGUGGUGGGACGGAAAAUUCUGGGUCUCUGAGAAAAGUUUUGCACAGCCAGUCCCCCAGUUAGCCAUUGCCCUUUGAGACCCCACCCUUGUAUCCCUGCACACCCCCCUCAAAUCCCUGCAACUUCUAGAACGUUCUCUCUUUGCACAAGCCCCACAUUGCCAGUUUUGCAGCAGUGAGCACCUCCCUAGGAGGCAGAACAUUUCUUGAUGCUUCUCGUGCUCCCCUAGAUGGUUAGCUCAUCAGUAUUUGACCUCUUAUCCCAAGGCCAUUGGGACUCUCUAGUUGCUGAGAAAUAUACCGAAUGCUGUAUAUAUGCUGUUUUUUAAGCACUUAAGACCCCGGGCUCCUGGAGAGCUCUUUUCCCUGACGCCAGCUUUAAGGUAGACACCUUCCCGUAGCCCAGUUUCUAGUCUCUCCCCCUCAGCAGCUUCUGUUUCACAAGAUUUUAGCCCAAAGCCAGAUUGCAACCCCAAAACCUGAGAACAAUUAACUUUCUGCAAACUGGAAGCCUUAGGUGAUGAAAUCAGAUAAGCUUCUCCUUCCCCUCAUUCCUGAAGGCACACACCUCAGAAGUCACUAGACUGGAUAGGUCCCCACACACCCUGUCCCCAAUGAGCCAGUCCCCCAAGUCCUUUCCCUCUAUUCCAUCUCCCAAACACACCAAACAUUAAGGGAGCACUCCCCUUGGAUGCCUGGACAGGCCCUAGCUCAUUUUCUUAGGAGACCAAGAAGUUUCUUCUCACUAUACCUCUCACCGUGUCUGCCACCUAACUGUGCCUUUAAAUUCUGAGUGGGGUGUUGCCUUCUAUAAGAAAAAAAAAAAAUCGUAGAAGCAGCGAGGUGCCAGAGCGAAUUUAAAUCCUUGGGGCUUGGUUUUGAUGAUGAUGGUAUAACGUGACAUUGUAGAGUCAUAUGCUGGCUUUUGCAUUUUCUUGAUAAAACAUCUCUUUUUCCUGAUACUGUAUCUUUGCCAUUCUGAUAAUGUUAGAUUUUGGAAUGACUGAGUUUGAUUUCCUUUCUACUUCCAUAGUGAACAGUUUAUUUAAGUAGACGCCCUUUAGUCAAGUGACCCUGGUAAUUAGUCCCUACCCCCUUUCUUUAGAGUAGACCACUAUUAGUUUUUUUUCGUCACUCUGAGAGCUAUCCAUUAAUAAUUUCUUUUCCACAGUUAACCUCCUUACUUAAAAACAGAGUUUUGUUAAGUUUUUUUAAUGCCUGGAUGCGCAUUCUGACAAGUUUUCAGCUUCUUUUAGCAUUUGUGGUUUUCACUGUAUAUACGCAACGCAAAUAAAUUCAA